UCGUGCAUUUUCAGACAAAAUUGAGUCACCAAAGGGUAAUUUCGUUGCGACCAACGAAAACUACCAUGACACAUUGCGGUCUGUCUUGACGAAUGCUGUCAAACCCAUUACAACGGACGGAUUCGCGCUAUCCUGUCCAUCUCACCAUGAGCGACGUUGUCCUGUCCGUUCAGACAUGGGAGAACAUUGACGCUGGGAUCCCGGUGGAUAUCAGUGGAGAUCUUGAUAGUUCCACGUGCCUCGUCAGCUUCCAACAACACUGGAAUCAAGCAUCAGAUAUAAUCAGGAAGUCAUGGAAUCUUCCUGGCGGAGUGAGUCCAGAUGACGUAUCAUGCGUGAUAAACAACUUGGAACAGAUGGCUUCAUUGAUCCUCGUAGACGCCCAGCUUCACAAAGACGCACCUGGACCUAUUAUGGAACUGCUACUGAAAGAAAAUAUCCUAGGAACUCUGCUUGAAUGGAGUUUACAAUGCGAAGAAUAUGCUGUGCCACUAAAACUGGAGCAGCUCAAAAUAUACGAGCUUCUGUUUAGCCAUUCUCAUCUCAAAUUAUGGGGCCAUCGAGUUUUGCUCAAGCCGCUGCUUGAGCUCAUCAGUUCAUGCAAGGAUCCAAUCAACACAGAAGUCGAGAAGCGUCUGGUUGUUUUAUUGAACCAGUUAUGCGUGUCACUUAUGCAAGACAUGGAGUUGCUGAACUUGUUUUUCAGCGUGAGCCCUGAGCAAGAUCCUUCUCGCUUCAUUUUAUUUUCGCUGCUGAUCCCCUUCGUACAUCGCGAUGGAAGCAUUGGACAACAAGCCCGUGAUGCCUUGUUGCUUUGUAUGGCGUUGUCUCGCAAAAGUGAGAAAAUAGCGUCGUAUAUUGGGAAGCAUUCGAGUUUGUGUCCAGUUCUGGCCACGGGACUCAGUGGACUCUAUUCUGCGCUUCCUCAUCGACUACAGUUGCCUAUUGGCGACGGAUCGUCCAACUCGUGGCAUUGCCUCUUACCGGAUGACGGGGACCAAGUUCCCGAAUUACAGGUGUUCCUCGAGAGCUUGGAUUUCACCAACGCUAUUUUCCAGAUCUCCCAUCCUUUGGUCCAGACUGAAUUAUUGGAGUACAUUUUUCACGGGUUUUUAGUACCAGUAAUGGGUCCUGCCUUGCAUGAAAUUUAUUCCGAAGAAGUUGUUGCGGCGACGGCUUACCUAGACCUGUUUUUGAGGAGCGUGUCAGAACCGAGUCUCGUUUACGUGUUUUUGAAGUUCAUUUUUACGUGCAAAUACGAGGGCUGCAGGAUAAUUGAUACCAUCAUUUCCAGGUUGACGGGCUGCAAAGACCGUGCCAUGGCGUUAACGACGCUGUCGUUGCUGCGCACGCUGGUGGACCUGAAUUGCGAGGACGUGAUGCUGGAUAUGGUGCUGAAACACUUGUUGCCGGGUUCGCACGUGAUGGUGUCGCAGCGACGCGGCGUGAGUCGAUUAGACGCCCGAUCCGCUACCCGGAUCCUGAAUUUUGUCCCGCGGUGUUGUCGCGGGGAUCACGCUUCCGGUGGCCAGGAAAGCAAGGCCAAGCUCGGGGUUUAUUUGCGGGAAGCGCGGGGUUGCAUCAAGGCGACCAUGCUUGCCUGCAGGUCCUGGAGGUUCGGUUACGAACAAUGUGAAUCAUCUGCAAAAGAGAAGGAACUGAGCUCAGAGUCGACGCUUUUAGACUCCAACUUCAAAGCGAGUCCGAUCAUAACGCGAACGGGUCGAACCGGAAUCGACGGUGACGUGUGGAGGAAGCGCGGGGACUCGUCGUGGACGCAGAAAAGGGCCAAAAGUGUGCCGGGCCUGAAUGUCGGUGUAGUGAUAACGACGACUUCCGAACCAAAUACUCGGUCUCUUCCGCGGUCUGACGUUGACGUGAAUGAGAUUCUUAGUGAGAUUGAUGCUGUGGUCAGUGAAAUGAAUCUCGCGAGUCCGGAUUGCGAACAGGAUGGGUUGGACGUGCAGUCGUUUUUCGAUUCCUACCUCUUGGCUCCUUGGAAACAGGAUCCGAUCGACCCGAACGAAGCCAAAACUUAUGACAGCAAUAAACCGUCACAAUUGGAAGGCUUUACCCCCGUGUCGCCUUUACCCCCGGACAUUGGGCCGUUUCUCAACUCCGUUUUCGAGCGACUGGAAUGCAUGCUGGAAAACGAUUUCCGGGUGAACCUCCAGCUGACGGGUCUCGUGUCCAAAUUGGCUGCUUUCCCGCACCCGGUUCUCCGCAGCUUUUUGUUGUCGGAUGCGUUGGUGUGCCAACCUUCUGUCCGGUCUUUGCCCCAGGUUCUGGCAUCAUUGCGGCAAAAGUUUGACCAGGCCACUGCAGGCAUCAGCAACGUGGGAGACGUGGUGAAAGAAGCGCGGAGGUUCUUGAGAGAUGUCGCUCCAAGAUCUGCUGCCGUCCUCCGGGGAGGCAUUGAUGAUUCUUCCAAAUCUGCGACUCCCGUGUCUGUACGACAAUCAAGUUUCGCCCACAAAGUGGAAUCGAGGUACCAAAGCCUGGCGUCGAAGUUUUUCCGCCGCGGCAACAAAACCCGGUUGUCAACGAGCAACGACGUCGGCAAGUCGGGUCAAAACGGGUCUCAUCACCCCGACUCGGGUUUUCUAGAACAGCUACCGGGUGACUGCUAUAGAUACACGUUGGUGGGCGAGUGUCCGAAGGAAAAGUCAGUGUCGUCGACGCCGUCGUCAACGCGGAUGGGUUUCGUCGGAGAAACGGCGUCGAGAAAGGCGCCGCGGCGAGUCGUGCUGGCCGCAGUUUUGUUCGACGAGUGGGUGCACGAGUUGGCAGCCCUGGCUUUGGAGCACAGUCUGGCAACCGAAGAGUUCUCCUUCUUUUUCCCGACCUCACCGACCAAAUGACAUAGACCGACUGUGGGAGUAUCGUCUUUCGCUACUGCGCUUUUUUGCGUCUGUGGAAAUCGGAGCUUUCUUUCUUUUUUUCUCGGGGGCUGUUGUCUUUCCUUCGCAGUUAUUUUUGUGUGUGCUGUAAUUCAAGCGCAACAAAGGCGUUGACUGAUUCACGUCUUCGAUUUCAAGGCAUGUUUCCUGCGUUAGAUACCAUAUGUUUUAAUUUAACUACUGUACAUUAAAAUCUCAUUACAAAAAAUACUGUUGCAAAAAAAUUUUCAGUAUAACAAACUUUUUGUCAAGUUCCAGUAGAAAGCCCAUGGAGUACAUGUUAAAACAAUCUGGUUAUACUGUAACAAACUUCCCGAUUCCAGUACAGCAAACUCUUCUGAGAAAUGCUGAAAUGUUUGUCCAGGUAGAAAUUUCCUUACUAAGGCAGACACAGAUUGGAAAUUUCCAAUCCCAAAUGUGACUGACUGGUUCUUGAACCAUGGAUGGAAGCUGUAAUCAAUGACAAAAAUGCUCCCAAGUGGAGAUUUUUCACAUGUUCUUCUCAGAAUGAAGAGAUUGGUGCAACUGAUGGAAUGCAUUAUUGAAGCUAAUUUUUUCAGAAGGUCACUCAGUUUUUCAAACAAUAAUGAAAAAUCUGAAAAGCAUUAUUUGAUCUAUUAGAGGCAGUUUAUGUAUGAACAUUUUUUCAGUCAUUCAUUUUUUAAAUUUUGUUAUAGCAAAUUAUUCAGUAAAACAAACCUUUUUGAAGUCCCCAAAAGUUUGUUGUAAUGAGAUUUUACUACAGUAUAGUAUGCCAAAAAGUUACUGUGCAGCAAGGCAUUUUUAAUUUGUAUAAUGGAUUCCCAUGCGUUUUCUGUUACAAUGACGAGGUGUUGUGGCGUAGAGAGAUUUCAGUGGUAGUCAGACACACACGCACAUUUUCGAACCCCUUUGAGUCAUCCAAAGUUCCAUUUUCCUUUGGGAUCCUCAUGGAUGGCUGCACGGGCAUGAAAAUUGCUACUGUGCCUCUUGCUUGAGUGCAUUGGGGGUUUUUUGGAAUUAUAAAAAAAGGAAUUUUGGCCGAUUUAUUAUUUUUUUAAUUCUGGAAAUUCUGUUCCAACCAUUACUGACCUAAUUACAAAUUACCAAUGAUUUAUAUGUAUAUAUAAUAUUUGUUUGCGCAUUUCACCAUAGAUUUAUUGAAGGAAAACACAAAAAAUUUAGACGUUUUUGCUGCACAGUAACUUUCGGCUUUCUCUUACCGACCGUUUUUUUUUAAAGCCGGUUCGAUUGCCUUCGACUCACAUUUUUUCUGUUAAAUUCUGAGCAGAUCGUGGACAGGAAUCAUCAGUAGCAUGCAUUUAAAUGAGAAGUUCUGUCAUUUUGGAUUGGCAGAAGCUCCUGCGCAAAUAUUACGGGUGUAGCUCUUCUGCUAAAAUUGGACUUGCGUUUUUAACCGUCCGGAAAGUGGUGGAAAAAAGCUAGUUGAGGUAUUCGUUAUUGAAUUGAUUCCGAUUCUUUGUUUGAAAAGCCGUGGGCAACAGCCUACACGAAAAUUGUUUCGCUCUUUUCCUUCACGCGUGUUUUUUUUUCUGAUUCAUUUGAUAUGGUUCCUGAGUAAAGUUCUGGCCUGCAGAUCCUGAAAUGAGCAGAAAUUUUAAACAUUGCUCAACUUUUGAAAUGCUACCGUAGAAAUGAUAUUACGCGGUAUUUUACAACCAUGCUUUUCAAUCACGUGCUUCGCAUGAACUUCGCUUUUGUUGAGGCUUCCAAGUUCUGUUUUUUUACGAGGCCCGGUUUUUUUGCCGCGAUGUGGUUGUAGGUAAACUAUUGCUGGUUACCAAGUGGUUUCUAUUGUUUCGGAUAUAUCAAAUGUUCAGCAGGUAUCAAAGCGUAUGCUAAGCGGAAUUGAAAAGCAAUAACUAAUCCAGAGAAGGUUAUCGUAAUCAAAUUGAUUCACAAGUGAGUAAUCCGUUUGUUUGUGGUUUUUUUCUAACGAUGUUUUUUGUUUCGUUAUCACGUGGUGAAAAGAGAGAUUUUUUUGAGGUCAUGCGUGCGAACCGCGGAAUUUUUUUUUUUUAAAGAUAUGUAGUUGAUUUCGUGCCAAAAAACAACCCAUCG